AUGAGCUAUCAAUCCUUCUUGAGGUCGACCUCAGGGUCUGGCAACAAGUUUCCCUCUCCCAGCUCCAUCUCCCGCAAACCAGCGGCCCCUCCAACCAUCUCUGCUCCUCAACCACUGGCAUCUAACUCACCUGCUCAGAAUGUUGCCCUUCGAAAUCAACCCUCGAAGCCUACAUCCAAUUCCACCAACACUCCUUUGACACCCACAUCUUCGAUCAAAAAUACUGCUUCAGGCUAUGCCGAAGCGCCCACAACAGCGCCCCCGGCCCCACCUCUCACAACUCCCUCUCCUACGCCGCAGGCAUCAACACCCUUGACUCAAGAGCAGAUCAAUGCUGCAUUAAACACCUGCCUGGCACUACAGAACACAGCCACAACUCUGCACGAGAAACGGCCGUUUGCAGCACUUCUUCUUGGGCCAGACAACACAACUGUCCUCCUGACACACUUCUCCAUUUCGCAUGUCCAACACGCAGAGACCGAGCUCGCCCGACUAGCCACCAUCCAUUUCUCCCAGAAAUACCUGGCAGGCUGUACUCUCGUCUCAACAUGGGAGCCUUGUGCCAUGUGUACGGGGACCACUUACUGGAGCAACAUCGGUCGAAUCCUGUACGCAGCCAGUGAAGAGAAAUUGAAAGACCUGACCGGUGCAGACAACGAUGAGAACAUGACAUUAUCUCUACCAUGCCGCGAUGUGAUAAAAGCAGGACAGAAGGACAUCGAAGUGAUCGGACCCGUACCUGGAUGGGAAGAGCGGGUCGUGCAGGAGAGCGGGAAAUGGUGGAAGGAACAUCAAUCACUUGAUUCUGAACGCCAGAGGGAAGGAAGUGUGAACGGAAGUACCAAGACAGGGAGCCUGUCUAGUGUCAGUCUGCGUCAAGGCACACCGACCACUUGGACUGGAGAGAGCAGUGUGCUCAGCAGUAUUGACGAUGAGGGUGAGUAUACUGCCGAACUGGAUAUUGAUUGGAUGAGAUGA